AUGGAGAAAGCAAAUAGAUUUACGGUAGCUGAACUUAAGGAGAUAGCGAAGAAAUACAACGUGCCGUCGUACGGACUGAAAAGCGAAAUAAUUAAGAGAUUAAUGGAAGCAGAUCCAGACGGAACGUGGAUGGACGAAAGCGGGCUCGGCUACAGAGACGGUGAUGAACGAGAGGACGAACAGCUGGAAGUCGAACGAGAAAAAAACGAACUCCUGCGCCAAGAGCUCGAGUUGGCAAAGAGAGAACGGGAUCUCGCACAGCGAGAAGCAACAUUAAUGCAACGAGAACUAGAACUGGCGACCAGAGGGAAUCCAGCGAUUGGACAUUACGAGGGCGAAUCAGGAGGACAGUUCCAGCAACGGACGGAACCACGAGCGACGCCACAAUUACGAGCUGACGUCAAGGGCAUCGGAGACUUGCUAGGCGAGUUCGAUGGAAAUAACCGCCACUUCGAAGAGUGGGAGAAGCAAGUCCGACUCGUUAAAAGAUUGUUUGCGGUAGAAGAUGCAAUUAUGAAGAUAGUCAUUAGCUCGAAACUUAAAGGAAAAGCAGAAAGAUGGUUCCGCUCAAAAUCGGAACAUACCGAAAUGACACUCGAUGAACUGCUCUCGGCAAUGAAGGACGGAUUUGACCAGCGGCCGAGCAGGGUGGAUCGUCUCAAGAAAUUCGAAGCACGAACGUGGCAGACGAACGAGUCCUUCCACAACUAUUACCACGAGAAGCUUAUUUUAGGCAACCUAGUGCCGAUUCAGGAAGACGACCUGGUGGACUUUCUAAUCGACGGGAUACCAGACUCAACAUUACGAAACCAAGCACGAAUGCAAAAUUUCAACGAGGUGAAGGACCUGUUGAGCGGAUUCCGGAAGAUCUCCCUCUCGAAUCGAUCGAAGAAGAACGCAUCUCAAGGAGCUGAGAAAACGGCCGAGAAUCCGAAUACGAAAACGAGUACUGAAACUAAGCCACAGAAGCCGAAGGUGAUCAAAGAAGAGAAGAGCGAAAAACAAGUCAAGUGUUACAACUGCAAUCAGCCGGGACACGUAGCGAAAGACUGUCAGAAACCCCGGAGGGAACGAGGCUCCUGUUAUGUCUGCGGCGAAUUCGGACACAUGGCGGCAAGCUGUCCGAGUAAGAGCUCGAAGGAAGGAGAGGAAGCUCCGCAGGUUUCCAGCGUCUACGAGGAUCCGGAGGAGGAGGGCAGUGUUGAACACAGAAAGACAGUUACUUACGAACUAGAGGACUCUAGUGUACGGCGAGUAUUAUGCUUAGAUACGCUCCUGGACACGAGUAGCCCCAUUAGCUUUAUGAAAGAACGUUUUGUUGACAAGCGGGCUAUUGUUCCAUUAGAUGCGUCGGAUCGCGAUUAUUUCGGAUGCAAGGGUGUAAUGUUAACUUUCUUAGGUAAGGUUUACGCGACGGUGACAAUAGACAACGAUGUUAGAGAGAAACUCCGCAUGUACGUAGCACCCGAGAAUACGACGUUGACACCAGCAUUAAUAGGCAGGGAUAUUUUGCGAAAAUUCGGGUUUCAAUUAAUAGUCCCCACAGCUGACGUUGUCAAACGGGAAUUCGCGAAUAUUCUCAUCAUCGAAAACAAAGAUAGCCGGGCGGAUGACUUACAAAUAAAUCCGACGGUGCCCUACGAUGCUAAAAGAGAAUUAAAACAAAUGUUUCGGGAAUUUUACGCAGACGCUCCCAAACCGAUAGAGCCUAAAACAAGGUCGGAGUUGAGGUUACGGCUAACGCAGACGGAACCAUUUCACAGUACACCACGUAAACUCUCGUGUGACAGGCAGCAGAAACUUAGAGUAAUACUAGACGGUCUCUUGGAAAAGGGGUAUAUACGGGACAGCGACUUAGAGUUCGCAUCCCCUAUUGUACUCACGGAAAAAAAGAACGGAAUGCUACGCUUGUGUGUUGACUAUCGGGCCCUUAAUAAGGUUACCGCUAGGGACAAUUACCCGAUGCCUCUCAUCGAGGACCAAUUAACAAUUGCGGCAAACAAGAAAUAUUUUUCAUUAUUAGAUUUAAGGGACGGAUUCCACCAUGUACGGAUGGCGGAAGAGUCAAUCAAAUAUACAUCGUUUGUGACUCCAUUAGGCCAAUAUGAGUGGCUGAGGAUGCCUUUCGGACUCCGUACUGCACCAGCGGCAUUCCAACGCUAUAUAAAUCUCGCGUUAACCGAAUUUACCAGGGCGGGCGAUAUGGCGAUCUACAUGGACGACAUCUUGGUAGCGACCGAGACGCUAGAGCACCACCUGGAGAUUUUAAAGCGCGUGUUUAAGACCCUGUCGGAAAAUCAUUUAGAGUUACGCAUCGACAAAUGUUAUUUCUUGCAGACAGAAAUAGAGUAUCUCGGAUACAUGAUCUCGGGACAAGGGGUGAGGCCAACGCGACGGGGAGUGGAAGCUAUUGAAAAAUUCCCUAUCCCAAAGAACACACGAGACGUACGCAGCUUCAUUGGACUCUGUUCGUAUUUCCGGAAAUUUAUUGAGCAUUUCGCGGCUAUCGCCAAACCUCUGUAUGAUUUAACAAAAGCUAACGCGACGUUCAGGUUCGGGAAGUUAGAGUACGAGGCAUUUAUAACAUUAAAAUCUAGACUUACGGAAGCUCCAAUUUUAGCAAUUUACAACCCGAACGACUUAACAGAGUUGCACUGUGAUGCCAGUUCGGUAGGUUAUGGGGCGAUUCUCAUGCAGAGAAAAUCGGACGGGAAAAUGCACCCGGUAUUUUAUUUUUCCAGGCGAACGACCGAUAAAGAAGCAAAGUUGCAUAGCUUCGAACUUGACACUAGCUAUAAUCUACGCCCUGGAACGAUUCAGGAUUUACCUUCAAGGAUUAAAGUUUAA